UGCAGAGUCCUUGCAUCAAAUACAUAUCUUCAUAUAGCAAUGAUAGAUUAAGGAUUAAUGAAAGGAAAAAUCGUGUUCUUUCCUUAUGUCUCCAGGAUAAAGGGGAAUUGGAGUCAAGGUUGACACAGAUCAUGAAGGAAGGUUUCUACCCAUCAUCAUCCUGAACUAUAUCUCCCACAAUUUUUCACCUCCUUGGAAACAACAAUCUUCUGACAUACCCAGCAGCCUUGAAUCUUCAACAUUCUGGAAGCAUGGACCGUUUGGACUUGCUUGGGUUCCUCAUCAUCACGUUAAACUGCAAUGUGACUAUUGUGGGGAAGAUCUGGCUUAUCUUCAUGAUCCUGCUGAGGAUGGUGGUGAUCAUUGUGGCUGGGUCCCCCGUUUACCAGGAUGAACAGGAGAGGUUUGUGUGCAACACUCUGCAGCCAGGGUGCGCCAAUGUCUGCUAUGAUGUUUUCUCCCCAGUGUCCCACCUACGCUUCUGGCUGAUCCAAAGCUUGUCUGUUCUCCUCCCUUCUGCGGUUUUCAGUGUCUAUGUGCUGCACAAAGGAGCUCAGCUCGCCGCCUGGGGACCCUGUGGGACAGAUGGUGGUUCAGGGAGCCAGGACCUCGCAGAUCUGAGCCCCAGGGAUAGGCGCUGCCCUCUUCACUGCAGGGAGGGGCGCAGCCUAGUGGUGCCAGACUUUUCCUCCGGCUACAUUGUGCACCUCUGUCUUCGGACCCUGGCAGAGACAGCUUUCGGGGCCUUGCAUUACCUCCUUUUCGGAUUCUCUGUCCCCAACAGAUUUUCCUGCGCCCACUCUCCCUGCUCUGGCGCGGUGGAUUGCUACGUCUCUCGGCCCACGGAGAAGUCCACGCUGAUGCUCUUCCUCUGGGCACUCAGCGCGCUCUCUGUGCUGCUCAGCGUGGCCGACCUGCUCUGUAGCUUGGGCAGGAGGAUGCCGAGGGGGCCGGGACCCACCGAGGGCCCCCGGGAAAGGAGGCCGGACCCCGUGGUGCUGGAUAGGCCCGGGGAGGAGAGGGUGUCGCUAGCACACUCAGGCCUGUGCACCAGAGGGCACGGGGCCCACAGCCCCAGUGGUCAGUGGGCUGUGUCGGAGCUUCCAGAGGAUGAGAGUGAGGGGCUGUCCUUGGCCAGCGACAAGCUCUCCAGGGCUUGCACAGAGCCUGGGGUCAGGCCCCACGCAGAGCGCCCCCCGGACUCUGAAAGUGAGCAUCUCUCAAGGCCCCGCCGUCUGCUGGCCCCGCACCGCCUGUCCAGUCCCUGGCAGCCCGCAGCCCGCCAGGCUGGCGCUGGGAGCGCCCCUCCCCUGGGGACCCGAAGGUCUGAGUGGGUGUGAAAAGGGCGGCCAGGCAGCACAGUGACUGAAAGAAGACUUGAACCCUAACGUCACCUUGGCACGUGGGAAAUCUUCAUGUCCCAGGAGAAUAUCAACAGGCAGGAAGGCCAGCUGGCCUGCGACAAGGACUUCGUGGGACACUCACAGACUUGCACUGUUGAUUUAAUUUAGAUAACCCUGUCUGCUGAAUUCAGAAACUCUUGCAUUCAAAUUCGGACUGGAAGCUAAAAUGAUUAAUUCGAAAGCGUCAGGUUGCUUAGGGAUUAUGCUACACUCUGACUGGUUUGUUGUCUUAUUCUUUAUCAUAGUAUGUGCUUUAUGUAAAGCAAGUUCUUUUACAUUAAUGGAGUUCAUUACUGUUUUCCAGUGAUUAUUAUGAGUCUUUUUUUCUUUUUAUUUGUUUUUAUGUUUUUCCUUUUUGUUUGUUUUUCUGCGUGGAUUUAAUUUUAAAAAGAGGCACCUUAAGCAUGGCAUCAGUAGAGACACAUUAGUUUAACUUCUCCAAACCUUCAAUGGUGAUUGCUUGUGA